AUGGAUCGCCUUUCGCGAAUGCUGGCCGCCGCUCAGGGCAUGGGAGGCGGUGCUGGUGGUAUGCAGCAGGACGGCAAUGUCGUCGACAACUCCGAAACCGUCUACAUCUCAUCUCUCGCUCUCCUCAAGAUGCUGCGCCACGGAAGAGCUGGUGUCCCUAUGGAAGUCAUGGGUCUGAUGCUCGGUGAAUUCGUCGAUGACUACACUGUCCGUGUCGUCGAUGUCUUUGCUAUGCCUCAAAGCGGUACUGGUGUCUCAGUCGAAGCUGUCGACCCCGUCUUCCAAACAAAAAUGAUGGACAUGCUCCGUCAAACUGGUCGUCCUGAGACUGUCGUCGGCUGGUACCACUCACAUCCCGGUUUCGGCUGCUGGCUGUCUAGCGUUGAUAUAAAUACUCAGCAAUCCUUCGAACAACUCACCCCUCGUGCCGUGGCUGUUGUCAUCGAUCCCAUCCAGUCCGUCAAGGGUAAGGUCGUCAUCGACGCCUUCCGCCUCAUCAAUCCACAGACUCUCAUGCUUGGUCAAGAGCCUCGCCAAACCACUUCCAACGUCGGCCAUCUCAACAAGCCUUCCAUCCAAGCUCUGAUUCACGGUCUCAAUCGUCAUUACUACAGUAUCGCCGUCGGUUACCUCAAGGGUCGUGGUGAAGAGGCUAUGCUCAUGAACCUACACAAGAGUGUCUGGACAGAAGCCCUGGAGAUGCCCGACUUUAAGGCUGAGGGUGAUCGCACACUGGAGAAGCUCAACAAGCUCGUCAGCUUGGCCGAAGGUUACGAGAAGCGUGUCAAGGAAGAGACCGAACUGACCAAGGAUCAACUACGCACAAGAUACGUCGGCAAGGUCGACCCCAAGAAGCACAUCGAAACUCUCGGCCAAGAUCUGCUCGAAGACAACAUUGUUUCCGUAUCGCGCCAAAUGAUUGACAAGGAAGCUUCGGUACCAUCAGCUUGCCGCAUAGAGGCUGUUGAGGACGAUGCCGAUGGCAUGGCUGUCGAUCAGACCGCAUAG